AUGUCCUUCUUCCAGCCGCACGCUCCCAAAGCAGCCCAGAAACAUAAGGUGGACCCGGAAAACCAGCCAUGGAUUGAGAAAUACCGACCGAAAACCAUCGACGAUGUAUCUGCGCAGGAGCACACCGUGGCCGUCUUGCGCAAGACACUCACAUCAACAAAUUUGCCUCACAUGCUAUUCUAUGGCCCUCCGGGCACCGGCAAGACUUCCACAAUCCUAGCAUUGGCGCGACAACUCUUCGGCCCAGAAAAUUUCCGCUCGCGAGUUCUGGAACUCAACGCCUCCGACGAACGCGGCAUCAGCAUCGUCCGCGAGAAAGUCAAGAACUUUGCGCGGCAGACACCACGGGCACAAGUGGUUGCAUCCGACGGCAAAACGUAUCCAUGUCCGCCAUACAAGAUUAUCAUUCUCGACGAGGCAGACUCCAUGACACAGGACGCUCAAGGUGCUCUGCGGCGGAUUAUGGAGACGUAUGCCAGGAUUACACGGUUCUGUCUUGUAUGCAACUAUGUCACCAGAAUAAUUGAACCGCUCGCCUCUCGCUGCUCCAAAUUCCGCUUCAAGCCCCUCGACCCAUCCUCGACUUCGAACCGCCUCUCACACAUCGCUACUGCCGAAAAGGUGCCGGUGACUGACGAGGUCAUCUCCGCACUCAUCAACACAUCCAACGGCGACCUGCGCCGCUCCAUCACCUACCUCCAGUCCGCCUCGCGUCUCGCCAUGUCGAGCGACCCUCCCACCGAGAUCACGCCCAGCGAUAUCCAGGAGAUCGCUGGGGUGGUGCCUAACCACGUUAUACACGACUUCGCCGCCACGCUGGGCGUCGAAGUCGUUUCGCCCGACGCGAUGAACGUCGACGACGGUGCGAAGGCAAAACGGAAGGGCUUCGAUGAGGUGCGGAAGAACGUGAAGGGGCUCAUCCGGGAGGGCUAUUCUGCCUCUCAGAUACUUUCACAGUUACACGACCUCGUCAUCGAACAUCCAACUCUCACGGCUCAGCAGAAGGCUCGUUGCGCUUUGGCAUUCGCAGAAGCGGACAAAGCACUCUGUGACGGUGCCGACGAGGAACUAUGGAUCCUAGAAGUCGGCUUGCGCGUGUUCAAAGCACUUUCAUGA